AUGGCGUACUCAACGGAGAUUCUGCAGUGCGAUCCAUCUUCCAUCUCCUUUACUUCUUGUAUCCCAGAGAUCAAGUCCGUGACUACGCUAGAAGCCAUUCAGCGAGGAGCAAAGCAGAUCAACGAAUGUCAGACGGUAGCAUUCCCUACGGAGACGGUGUAUGGUCUAGGAGCGUUGGCCCUGGACGCCGUUGCUGCGUCGCGGAUUUUCUCCACGAAGGGCAGGCCGCCGGACAACCCGCUCAUUGUCCAUGUCUCAUCAGAUGCCAUGCUCAAUACACUUCUCCCCGAAGGCUACACCAUAUCUCGGACCUACGAAAUCUUGAUCCGUCAUUUCUGGCCCGGACCGCUAACUCUCCUCUUUCCGACAAACCCGACUUUGGUUCCGUCGAUCAUUACCGCCAACCAGCCUACAGUCGCAGUCAGGAUGCCAUCUCAUCCUGUAGCGAGGGCACUCAUUGCUCUCGCUGACGCACCCAUUGCUGCUCCGAGCGCGAAUUCGUCGGGGAGGCCUAGUCCUACUCGUGCCGAGCAUGUCUUCAAGGAUCUUGAUGGCAAGCUCGGUGUUAUCUUAGACGGGGGACCCUGCGGAGUUGGGCUUGAAAGCACCGUCAUAGAUGGUCUUCACGCGGAUGGUAAUAUUCGCGUUCUGCGGCCAGGAGGAGUGACCGUGGAAGAUCUCGAAAGCGUCUUGCAACGAGAGCUGGGUGAUUCCGGCGAUGUUCCCAAGGUGUUGGUCCAUCGACGUGAUUUUCGCGACGAAGCUAUCGAACAAGCACCAACGACGCCUGGCAUGAAGUACAGACAUUAUUCCCCUGCAGUCCCCGUCAUCUUACUCAGAACAUCAUCUCCGCCGAGCGAUGUUACCCCUACACCUAUCAAGACGUUCCUCGAGUCCUUGCAUAACAGAGUGCAAGGGUCAGAAGGACACCUGAAAAUUGGCUUGCUUGCCCCCUCCGAUUCUCCCUUGCCAACGAAUUUCACGUCUUCCAGCGACUUCGAAUGGCAAACGUUCCCUUUGGGUCCGAUUGCGGAUCCGUCCAUCUCCGCGCAGCGUCUCUUCGAUGGCCUUCUUACCCUGGACGCCGCUGGUGUAGACUUGAUUCUUAUCGAAGAGAUUAAGGAGGAGAGGGAGGGCCUGGCUGUGAUGAAUAGAGUGAAUAAGGCCGCUGGAGAGGCAAUCUGGCUAGGUCCCAGUUAA